AUGUCAGCAAAUCCCCUUUCACCAGAGACCAAAAGAGCAACAGUGGUAAGGAGCCCAAAUUCAGGAUAGUCCCACCAAAGAGGUUUAAGUAAGGGAUCUGCUGUGGGUGAGUGGCUGACAAAGUGUGAGUUUGUGUAACAGAACUGAAAGCAUCACUUUGAAUUUUCACGUUAGUGAAUAAGGCUGGUAGUGUGUGUGUGACACAGAUAAUGAGUGUGUGGGUAGGUGUGGGAUGCCCACAUACCUGUUAACAUAUUAAUACACGUUCCAGGUGGCUUUAUAACCCCUGCUGGGAAUGCUGCGGUUCCUGUGGCCAUGUGUAACCCAUGUAUGAGUUGACAUUGCCUCAUAUGAUGCUGUUCCUCGUGGCUAUGCUAUAAAAAUAGGUUUUAUGUCCUGAGAUAUUGUUUUACUUAGUUUGAAAAGAAAAGGCUGAGGGCAAUGUGAUGCCCUGAACUUAAUAUGACCAUGAUUCUUAAAGGGACACUCCACUGCCCAAAUACAAAAUAAACAAAAAACACUAUUUAGUAGAUAUCCCCCGAAUGAAAACUUGCAUGCAUUCAUUAUGCCUUUUUUUCAUCGGGGUAAAUCUAAAAACCACUUGCAACAGCUGCAGAUCUCUUGCCUGCUGCCUUUGCACACCCUCCCCUUCUAACCCCACACAGACUUUGUAGCUGUCCAAUCACAGACUGCCCAAUACAGCUCAAUGAGAAAUCAUUGCAAGACAGGUGCUCUGGUAAAUUGCUGCCUUUUGAGUUUAGUUCCAUUGAGCAAAACAAACCAGGAAGUAACAGGACCGGUUGUAUGACUGAAAGCCCAGGGGGUAUAACUAGGUUAAAUUAUAAAAGUGUAAAUAUUCCAUUGAAAUCUGCACUUUUUGCAAAAUACUCUCCUAGUAUAAGAGAGUACUAAAACUUCACUCACCUGGUAUAGGUGAGUACUCACCCUGGUAUAGGAGCGUACAAGAACCUCACUCACCCUGGUAUAGGAGUGUACCAGAACCUCACUCACCCUGGUAUAGGAGAGUACCAGAACCUCACUCACCCUGGUAUAGGAGAGUACCAGAACCUCACUCAUCCUGGUAUAGGAGCAUACCAGAACCUCACUCACCCUGGUAUAGGAGAGUACCAGAACCUCACUCACACUGGUAUAGGAGCGUACAAGAACCUCACUCACCCUGGUAUAGGAGCGAGCGUACAAGAACCUCACUCACCCUGGUAUAGGAGAGUACCAGAACCUCACUCACCCUGGUAUAGAGUGGAGUACCACCUUGUUCCCCAUAAUGAUCUUGAUGUUGAGGCCAGUUCUACAUGAUGGCUUUUUGGUAUCAUUUUGUUGCCAUUCUCAUUAUUUUGUCACAUUCGUCUCACAGCCUGGAUUCAGUUUCCGCAAGCUCUGGGCUUUCACUGGACCUGGAUUUCUCAUGAGCAUUGCCUACCUGGAUCCGGGGAACAUAGAGUCUGAUCUGCAAUGUGGGGCGAUCGCUGGAUUCAAGGUAAACAUGGGGCGAACAAAAUAUUAAUUAGCGUUUUCAAAUGAUUCAAUAUUUUUGGAUAAACUUUUGAAAGGAUUUAACAUUAUGAAAAAUAUUUACUUUUUUGAUAUUUCGAUAUUUUUUGGUAUAUUGAUAUACUUUAAGAUAGAAUAUAUAUAUUUUUUAUAUUUUAUUAUUUUGAAAAAAAAAUCCAAAAAUAAUAAAUCAAGGCAGAAGGAAAAGUUUUUAAUUCUUUCCAUUGAGUUUAUUUAGUUUACCAGAAAUUGUGGAGAAUUACAUUUUAGAACAAGAUAGUUGAAAUCGAAAAAUUCUCCUAUCGAGAUAUUUUCCUGCUUGGCUAUUUUCACCUAAAAUUCCCAAUUCCCAGGUAAAUCGUCUACAAUUCUUGGUUUAGUAAUAAAUUGCAGUUUUGUAAGAAAACUCCCAAUGAGCAAAAGGCACAUAGACAGCAGGAAAACUGCAGGAGAAAGUAACUAAGUGCCCAUUUGUAUUGAGUAAGAUUAUUUAUUUAAAUCUCUUUAGAAAAUUACUGGUUUGACCUAAUUUAAAAUGCUCUAUUUAUUUCUAAAAAAUGGAAAAUGAAUAGCCAACAGAUGAAUAAAGAUCAACAUAAUGAAAUUAGGAAUUAAUCUACUUUUAUAAAAUCUAAGCCCGCAGAUAGAAUGAAUAUGAUAUAAUUGCCUGUUACACACAUGCUAAAAUUGUUUCUUUGAUUGUCAGCUCCUAUGGGUAUUGCUCGGAGCCACCAUAUUGGGUCUUGUGUGCCAAAGACUGGCUGUGCGGCUGGGAGUGGUGACAGGAAAAGACUUGGCUCAAAUCUGCCAUUCGUACUAUCCUAAGGUAUAGUACCUCUCUUUGCUAUUGUCAGUGUUUGUCAGUCUUGUCCCUCUUUGUCAUAGAUAUGUCUGUUAGUUCAUCAGCUUUUGCCCCUUCAUGAUAAACAUUGCAAGUCAGUCUGUCAGACUCUGUCCCUCUGUUAAAAGAUAUAUUUCCUGGUGUUUCCCCCCCAAUAUAUGUCUAUAAGUCUCUGCACAAGUCAAUCCAAUUUGAAGUAUGGGAAGCAAUCAGAGAGUUGCUGUAGUUCCAUGUUACAAACUGGAGCCCAUGGUAAUACCUUUUAUAGAAUAAUGGAACUGGUGUCUAUUGUCAGUCCCCAAGAUGCUGUUGUUCCAUAUUACAUACUGGAGCCCUUGGCAGUACCUUUUAUAGAAUAAUGGAACUGGUGUCUAUUGUCAGUCCCCAAGAUGCUGUUGUUCCAUAUUACAUACUGGAGCCCUUGGCAGUACCUUUUAUAGAAUAAUGGAACUGGUGUCUAUUGUCAGUCUCCAAGUUGCUGUUGUUCCAUAUUACAAACUGGAGCCCUUGGCAGUACCUUUUACAGAAUAAUGGAACUGUUGUCUAUUGUCAGUCUCCAAGUUGUUGUUGUUCCAUAUUACAUACUGGAGUCCAUGGCUGUACCUUUUAUAGAAUAAUGGACCAUGACCCUCUGUGUCUAUUGUCCGUCCCUUCUCCUUCUAAUGACACAUAAUUUGUUGUCAGUCUGUCAAUCUAUGUUCCUAACGAUGAUGAAUGUGCCAGAUCUUUGUUCUCUGUUGCAGGCCCCCCGAUGGAUUCUCUGGGUUCUGGUGGAGUUGGCUAUUAUAGGAUCAGAUAUGCAGGAAGUCAUUGGUACUGCAAUUGCAUUCAGUCUUCUAUCCUCUGGACGGUAAGGCAUCUCUAUUCUCCAAACUGCAGAGUACAUUGCAGGACUCCAUCACAGGCUAUUAUUAUCCUUCCUGCAACAUCCUCUUCCGGAUCUGCUCACUUUGUUUUCCUUUUUCAAAAAUGUAAAUUGAUGUAAAACAAAUGUGCUGAAAUUAGAAGAGAGUAUAGGAGUUUGAUGGUUCCCUUAAAUGACCCAUUGGGCAACAAACCUCUUUGCCAAGUAGUUUGAAUUCUAGAAAAAAAACAAAAACCUAUGUGCACUAUAACUUCCUAUAUCAGAAUCUAUAUCACUGUCUUUCAAGCCCAUCUCGGCUUCCAUUGUUGUGCGAAUGUUGUGUGCAAUGUCUGUAGGUUAUUCUGUAGGUUAGAAUUUGCAUGUGUAUGUAUUUGCAUAUAUCUGCAUAUAAUGGAAUUUGCAUUCAGUUUGCUAAGUUUUAUUUAAUCGUGCUCUCCUAAUCUACUCCCUUCCCAUGUUGAGGAGUAAUAUUUUUUGGGGGGAGGGGGUGGGUUGUGUUACCAUAUUCUAUUAUAUUUUAUAUAUUGUUUAGUUGUGUCACCGCAAGUUAAAUGUUGUGGUGUCUUUCAGAAUUGAUAUUUUAUUUGCGAUUGCAAAGCACUUUGGGUUAAUAUCAGUAUAAAUAUACUGCUUUCUAGGAUUCCACUCUGGGGAGGAGUUCUUAUUACCAUUGCAGACACACUGGUGUUUUUAUUCCUUGAUAAAUAUGGUGAGUUAUUAUUAUAAUUACCAGUUUGAUCACUAUGAACACAUAAUAUGUUCUUCCCUCGGCUGGCGAUGAGAAUUUAUAAUGAUUAUUCCCUGUUAGCAUAUUAUGAAUUAGAUAAUUAUAAAAAGCUAUUACUAAACAGUAUAAUGCUACUGGCAUCCCCCAAUCUAGUCUUUUGCUAGAUUAACCUCUUUUCCCCCAGAGAUAUGCUAUUUCGAUAUGCUGAUGGAGCAGUCAUGAAAAGUGCUACCCAGCAUUGUGUAGGAUUUAUAUGUUGCAGAAUGAAAAAUAUGUGCAUUAAAAGGGCACUCUAAGAGCGUAACCUCUAAAACAUGUUUUUCUAUGGAUUUACCCCAUAAUUAGCCUGUAGGAUCUACAGCUCAGCAACAUUAUCUAUGUCAGCUCUGUCCUACAUUUUAAAUUAUUCUAAACAUCCAAGAGAGAAAGCACAGGUUUAUAAGCCAUUGUGUGCAGGGACACAGCGACAGGGACCAUAUUUGCAUCAUAACUAAUCAGCACAGGUUGAUAUGGUGCUUACAGAAUCCCUUUAAUGGUACAUUAGUGGUAAAUACGAAUACUAAGGGAGCAGCUAUCAUAUAACCAGUGACAAAGAUUUUAUGUAUUCCUGCCACAAACCCUCUCUCAGUCUUAACCGACAUAUAUAAACGGGAUCUCAGACUUAAUCGGUUAUUAAUCUAGAUUUACUGAUAAUUCAUUUUCUCUAGAGCCCACACCCUGGUUGAUCUGUGUUUGUCCUUGUUAGCCUGCACCCUGGAUUAUCUGUGUUUGUCCUUGGUAGCCUGCACCCUGGAUUAUCUGUGUUUGUCCUUGGUAGCCCGCACCCUGGCUGAUCUGUGUUUGCCCUUGGUAGCCUGCACCCUGGCUGAUCUGUGUUUGUCCUUGGUAGCCUGCAUCCUGGCUGAUCUGUGUUUGUCCUUUGUAGCCUACACCCUGGCUGAUCUGUGUUUGUUCUUGGUAGUCCGCACCCUGGCUGAUCUGUGUUUGUCCUUGGUAGCCUGCACUCUGGCUGAUCUGUGUUUGUCCCUGGUAGAAUGCAUCCUGGCUGAUCUGUGUUUGCCCUUGGCAGCCCGCACCCUGGCUGAUCUGUGCUUGUCCUUGGUAGAAUGCACCCUGGCUGAUCUGUGUUUGCCCUUGGUAGCCUGCACCCUGGCUGAUCUGUGUUUGCCCUUGGUAGCCCGCACCCUGGCUGAUCUGUGUUUGUCGUUGGUAGAAUGCACCCUGGCUGAUCUGUGUUUGCCCUUGGUAGCCUGCACCCUGGCUGAUCUGUGUUUGCCCUUGGUAGCCUGCACCCUGGCUGAUCUGUGUUUGUCCUUGGUAGAAUGCACCCUGGCUGAUCUGUGUUUGUCCUUGGUAGAAUGCACCCUGGCUGAUCUGUGUUUGUCCUUGGUAGAAUGUGCCCUGGCUGAUCUGUGUUUGUCCUUGGUAGAAUGCACCCUGGCUGAUUUGUGUUUGUCUUUGGUAGCCUGCACCCUGGCUGAUCUGUGUUUGUCCUUGGUAGCCUGCACCCUGGCUGAUCUGUGUUUGUCAUUGGUAGCCUGCACCCUGGCUGAUCUGUGUUUGUCCUUGGUAGCCUGCAUCAUGGCUGAUCGGUGUUUGUCCUUGGUAGCCCGCAUCCUGGCUGAUCGGUGUUUGUCCUUGGUAGCCUGCACCCUGGCUGAUCUGUGUUUGUCCUUGGUAGCCUGCACCCUGGCUGAUCUGUGUUUGUCCUUGGUAGCCUGCACCCUGGCUGAUCUGUGUUUGUCCUUGGUAGCCUGCACCCUGGCUGAUCGGUGUUUGUCCUUGGUAGCCUACACCCUGGCUGAUCGGUGUUUGUCCUUGGUAGAAUGCACCCUGGCUGAUUUGUGUUUGCCCUUGGUAGCCUGCACCCUGGCUGAGCCUGCCACCCUGGCUGAUCUGUGUUUGUCCUUGGUAGCCUGCACCCUGGCUGAUCUGUGUUUGCCCUUGGUAGCCUGCACCCUGGCUGAUCUGUGUUUGCCCUUGGUAGCCUGCACCCUGGCUGAUCUGUGUUUGUCCUUGGUAGCCUGCACCCUGGCUGAUCUGUGUUUGCCCUUGGUAGCCUGCACCCUGGCUGAUCUGUGUUUGUCCUUGGUAGCCUGCACCCUGGCUGAUCUGUGUUUGUCCUUGGUAGCCUAGCCUGCACCCUGGCUGAUCUGUGUUUGUCCUUGGUAGCCUGCACCCUGGCUGAUCUGUGUUUGUCCUUGGUAGCCUGCACCCUGGCUGAUCUGUGUUUGUCCUUGGUAGCCUGCACCCUGGCUGAUCUGUGUUUGUCCUUGGCAGGUCUCAGAAAGUUGGAAGCCUUUUUUGGCCUUUUAAUCACUAUAAUGGCCGUUACAUUUGGAUAUGAGGUAAGCAGGUCCCAUUUUAGUUACCUCAGCCCCUCCUCUGCGCUAGCUGCAGUUUAACCAUAUCUAAUAACUCCUUGUUGUACUGUUUAAAACUUUCUAUUUAAAGUUGCUCACCUCCCCCAUUUUUCUUUUCCUCAUUUGUUCUCCAUUCUAUGUAUUUAUUGUAACACACACUCACUCACACACACACACACACACACACACACUCUCUCUCUCUUUGUGAUUUUUUUCUUCCUAUCUGUGCUCUAUUCUAUCCAUCUCUUUUUUAUAUAUACAUAUAUUUUAUUGAGAUUCUAAUAACUUAUGUAAUGAAUGAAUAAUGUCAACAGCAGGAAUCCGCAUAUCAAUAAAAAGUAAAUAUCGUAAUUGGUCGAGGCUGAGCUGGCACAUAGAAAAUAUCUAAUUUUAUGAGUAAGAUAGCUAAAGGCAGGAAACUUAAAUAGUGAAAUGUAACACGUAAUGAACUUUCAGCAGUCAGUACACUAGUUACGAGUACAGACGUUAACAUUGAAUGAGAUUGAGACAAAGUGAUUGCUUAAAACACAAACUGAAUAAAACAACACAAACCAUAAGCGAAUCUGAAUGACAUGGCUACUGGUGUGUGUCCCAGUGGAGAUAGAGUUGAGCGGUGGGAUGUCUGAGAUUCAGACCUGGCCAUGGAUCCCAUCAAAGGUAGAACACAGCCAUGCUCAGUAGUGGGAAGUCAAAUGAUCAUAGGCCCAUGUGUAGGUAACUGUCCAGUCAGACAGGAAUGUUGGGAGGCACUCACAGGAUGCUGCAACAACUGCAAGACUGCAAGACUCUGAUCGACCAUCGUCAAUCUGGGUAGUUGCGACGUGAUGGUACGGCCCUCAGUAUUAGUAGGGGCAACAAUUUCUGUGGCCUUCAGGAUCAUUUUUGCAUAUACUGUAUUUUUAUUCGUUUCACAUCUAAACUUGUUUUCCACUUAUACACCAUUUAAUUGGGGGAUAUAAUGUGAGGUGUGAUAUACCUAUCCUCCUAUUCACUGGUCCGCUGGAGUAAAUAGGUUGUGAUGUUAAGAAGUUAUCAGUGGCUGGUUAUUCUAUCAGUAUUCUCUUAUUAUAGGAAGAGGAAGGUGAGAUAUAAAAGGCUUUAUCUCAAUGUACUUAUGGUAUUGACUUUACAUGACUCAAUGAAAAGGCUCGAAAGGUGUAAUUUAGGGAAGGAUAUAAAAAAAAAAAAAAUACCAGAGAUAACAGUUUAGAUUUUGAAUACAUCAUACCAACUGCAUCACCCUUGUAAAAAGUUACUAAACACAUAUUGCAACACUGUUAUGCGGACCAGAAAGUUCCUAAAAGCAGAUUAGAUUGUGCAACUCGCUGGCAUGAUUUUAAGUCCACUGCAUUAUCCACUGAAAGGAUACAGAUUACUUUGAAAUAUAGAAAAAAGGCUGCCGUUGGCUGACUGCAACUUUUUGAGUUUACUUUUUUUAAUUCACAUGUAAUAGUUCAUUUAAAUUACAUUUUAAAAAAAUCAUUAUUUGUUUUAAAGAUAUUAUUUAGUAACAAAAUAAAGAAUAUUUAGAAAGGAAAAAAAGGUUUUUCGUUUACUCGUUCCUGAUUUAUGUUAGAUUGGGCCAUGCGCUAUCUUUGCACUUACUGGUGGGAGCAUAAUUUACAAGUGCAGACGAAUAUUACAAGGAGGGGAAUGUAAGACUCUCUUUGUAGUAUAAUAUAAAGAUCAAGUAUACCAUAAUGAGAGGAGGUGUGAAUCUGAUCGCACAUAGCAAGCGCCCAAACUGACACUUUCAGCCAAUGAGCUGGCCCCGCAUGCAGAGCUUAGCUCGGGAUAGUUAACAGACGCUCCUAGGAGGAGCUCUCAUUGCAGAGAAGUGGGGAUCAGCACGAGGUGGCCCCCGGCUCAAACCAUACCAAACAGCUUUACUACUUACUGCGGUGGUUAUGGUGCUUGGAGUGUUCCCUUUAAGUUUUUUAAAGGAUAACAGGAAACAAGGGGAAGAUUGGCUGGGCUAGAAAGUAAUAAAAAUCACAUUUCCAUAUUUCUAAAAAAUGAUUAUCUAACAGUGGUUUCUGAAGAUGUAACAAUAAUUAAAUGCAGUGGGACUUCCUCUUUAAAGUUGUGUAACAUUCUGAUGAGUGAUGAGGGUAAAGGUUGGAUAUCUGGGUUUUUUCACAUGAUUUUAGGUCAUGAGACUUAAAUGUUAAAGGGACGGUACACAUUGUACUAAGUAAAAUACUAAAUACUAAUUCAUGAUACUAAAUAACUAAUGGAGUGAUAUUCCCCGGUUUACGUCUGUUUCUUUUCUGAUUGUGCAACUGGGUGAGUGUCAAUAGCAGCUUUAGUUAAAUUAGAGGCUGAGGAAAAAUAUAUUUUCCUUUUGCUCUUUGUAUAUUUUAAGUUGUGAGCUGGGUUUUACAUGGCGUAGCGUUGAAACAAACAUUUUAUUAUCAAACUAAACCUUCAGUAAAAUGCGCUGGGGUCUGUAAAGGAUUUCCUUAUGUUUACCUGUACCCAUUUGGUUAAUUCCUCUCCCUGCUAGUUAAGUGACUGUAAAGUAUUCGUUGUUAUUUCUGUGUUCGGGACAUUUAUUCGUUCUACCGAACGGAGACCACCCUGGGUAGCAAUCAGAACUUAGAACACUAAGUAACCAUGAAAACCGCAAGGUAAUUGAGUGCUUCCAGGUGGCCGCCAUUCGGCAUACGAACACGUGGCGAGAACAAAGGAUGGCGGCCAUCUUAGAUCUCCCAAACGCGGUCAGCGGGACUUACUCGUGGAUUGCCUGGAACCAUUUUCGGCAUGACAAACACACAAACACCCAGUCUCUAUGGAAGUCCCGUCUGACCGAUUUCUACUUACAGUAUCAAACUGGCGUUCGGGAGUUUAAAUCAACCGAAUGAGGGGAGCAUUCAUAUGGAACCAGAUGCUGUAUAACUGUGGUAGUUUUUGUGUAAUAACACACGAACGGAGACCGGCUCUUGCUACCAAUUUCAUGGAACUCUAACUCGGAUACAACCACAUGGCGAGCCGGUCAAACUUCCACACGAUGCGACACCAAAACUACUGAACGGAUUUUCAUGCAAUUUGGAUAUGUUACUCCUAGUAUCCUCAGCUACCCAGGGAUGUAAUUGUUAUAUUUUUGUGAUAUGUAGAAAGUAUAUUUUUGAAAAUGUGGAAUAUUGUUAAUGUUGAGUUUAGUAUGUUGCUGAAACUCAAUUAUCUAGCCUGGCCCAGAGGAGGAGCUUGUACUGCAUAAAUUGAAUGCCUGUUGCUUCCAUUAAAAUCAGUCUUGUUCCAGCCUUAAGCUUUGGCUCAUGUGUGGAUUAUUUGGCGAUACCAGCGUUAUUUUACCCUGUGGAUUAUAGUCGUUAUUCUGCUAUGGGGAAAAAGGGAAUACUGGACGGUGAUACAGAUUACUACUGUCACAGGGUCAAUCUUAGAUGCUCAGCAGAGCCCUACCGAGAAGAAUGCAAAAUAUACUGAAAUAUUAAUCCAAGUUGUAAGGAGGGUUGGAUUCAAUUCACCUUCAUUCAGCCUCAAUUCACAUUUCCAAUGAGAAUUAUUUGGAGAUAAAAUCUAGGAACUACGAGGAGUUUCUCAACCACUCAGUAUUUGCAAAUACUAAUUGUUAGCUUGUGUUUUUACGCGAUUUCUAUUUUCUGCUUCUUAGUUACUUAUAUUUAGGUAACAUUUUUUUAGAUAAUUUAUCCUUUGAACUUGUUUUAAUACACAGAGAAUGCUGUCCAGUCAUCCUAUCAACCCAUUCAGCAACAUAUAGCGAAUAGUCCGCUUAAGACAUUGUUUUGUGGACAGUGUUUUCUCUCUGCCAAGAUUUAUUUCUGUAAAACUAUAUAUAGUGAGAAUUAUACCCUAGCUAUCUGCUCUACAUCAUCCAUUACUGGUUUUGGUGAGUAGAACAUGCCCCUGCAGUAUCACUGCUCAAUUCUUUGCCAUUUUCAGAGUUAAAUCCCUUUGUUUAUGCAGCCGUAGCCACACCUCCCCUGGCUGAGACUCACCAGCCUUCCUACCCCUUCCUAAAAAAAGAGUCAACAUUUUUUACCUUUUGAGUGUGUUUAUCUUUAACAAAUCUUAUCUCCUGCUCUGUUCAUAGCUUGCUAGAGCCUGCAGGAGUCACGAGUGAAACUAAUAUGUAAUUAACAGAGCAGGACAUUAGAACCUCUAAAGAAAACACACUAUACUGUAAGAACAGAUAGGAAAUUAAGCCAAUUUUCCAUGGAGGCGGUGUGAGUCACAGCCAGGGGAGGUGUGACUAGGGCUACAUAAACAAAAGUAAUUUAACUAAUUAAUCAGAAUUGAGCAGGGGCACGAUCUAUUCACUAAAACUGCUUCAUUAAGCUAAAGUUGUGUGGUGCCGAGAGUAUGCCUUUAAUACAAGAGGUAAGCUAUGUAAAGUAUCUCACGUGCUCUGUGUUUUUUGUCUCCCAGUACGUAGUAGUAAAACCGGACCAAGUAGAGGUGAUCAAGGGAAUGUUUUACCCCUAUUGCUCUGGCUGCGGCUCCCCUGAACUCCUUCAAGCUGUGGGCAUCAUUGGCGCAAUCAUCAUGCCACACAACAUAUACCUGCAUUCCUCUCUGGUUAAGGUAGGACCGAAAAACGCAAUUGAUUCGAUACACUUUAUGCUUUAUUAAAACCCAGGGAUUUUGGAAGGAUGAGAAAUGGAAUUGCAAAUUUUAAAAGAGUAAACACAUUCUAUAACUCAGCAUCUUCUGUUAAUUUGGCCUAAAAGGUGCAAAUAUCUUCUCAAUUUUCCUUAAAUCCCAGUGUAGUGACUACAUAUAUAAAGAUGUACAUUUGGAUGCAGCCACUGCUCAUAGAACAUUGACACACAUCACAGUCUAAGCCAACUGGUAUUGUGCAGUUAAGUGAUGUGACGGAACGCUGGCACUCCGACUGAGUACCUCCGCCAAUCGAUGCUCCUAGUGCUCGCUGAGGACUCCAAGCACUCCAACCGACACCAUCAGCACUGCAGACCCCACUUCCAGCGAUGCAACUGCGCCGGGGUCUCUGCUGUCUCCACCCACCCUGGACCCAAGGCCAGGAUCCAGCUUCCAGUGGGUGAACCUCUCUUUCCCCAGAGAGCAGGAACAGGAACAGGAACAGGAACAAGCUCUUAGCAGAACUUAGUGAUCAUACCCUGGGGAGUAUAGUGAUUAUAGCAAUCCCCAGAGUGUAUUUCUCCAAUCCCCCAAACAUGAGCCAAGGCUUAAUGCUGGAACAAGACUGAUUUACUGGCACACAGAACUCAAAGUUUAUGCAACACAAAACUCCUCCUCUGGGCCAGGCUAGAUAAUUGAGUUUCUACAAUACACAAAGCUCAAUUAUCUGCUGGCCAGAAAUAAUACAGUUUCAUAAAACACACAGGGACCCCAAAACAUGCAAUAACCCCAUAAAAAGUAUAUCCUUGGAACCGGGGGAUCUGGGUGAACCACAUAUCCAAAAUUCACCCAGAUCCGUUCAGUACUUUGGAAAAUACAGUUUAAUGCAGAUUCUGCAGAACAUAUACAGGCUAAAUGAAAAACAAUCACUGUAUAAUGUGUCCCCUGCUGUAUAGUCCAAAACCACUGCACAAUGUCUCUGUGCACCAAAUACUGGCAAGAUGGCACCGUGUUGAAAAGUCCAAACAGUGUCUGUGAGUUAAAAUGGCCGCCAUCCAUUGUUCUCACCAUGUGCUUCUGAUACAGGAAAUGGUGGCCACCCAGUAACUCCACAGUAUGUCCCCAGAUGGUUCUUAAAGGGCCAGCAGCAGCACAACACAAAUCCAUUAUGCCCAAAUCAUGUCUUUAAAGGGCAAUACAUCCCAGGGGCCAUAGUCACAGGGUAAGAGGCGGGCAAGCAGUCCUCUCCAGGCACAAGUGGUGAAGGGCACUUUGUCACAAGUGAUAUGAGACAGGCGUGAUAAAAACACAAUAACUACUUUGUUACUCAAUGGAACAUGUUCAUCAUCUUAUACAUUAACUUCAUCAUAUGACAUAUAAUUUUAUCAAUGUAUUUAAUCAUUAAAGACACAUAUAGUUAGUCUAGAUAUUAAAAAAAUUAACCACAGCUGGAACUCUAUCAAAUGAGCUAUCUCGGAGUUUAUAUUUAAAUUAGUUUAGUAAAUCCAGCAUCUGACUUUCAACUGAUUCCUUUCCCGUGACUGAAAUUAAUUAUUUACUAAAAAGAGAAAUUUGUACAUUUUAGGCCAAAUAUCCAGUUUGGAACAAAAACUUACUAACUUUUAUUGGAGAUAUUUUUCAAAUCUACUAUUUUGCCCUAAAUUAUGCAAGUUGGUAGUGAGUUCGCCACUACUACUAAAUCUACCGCUAAGAUUAACAUGUAGUUCAACAAUAAUUGAGCUGCACUAUUUGAUUGCAAGAUACAGUAUGUACUAAAAUGUACGCAAAAAAAAAAAAAGUAAAAAAAUAAUUGCUACUUAAAGGAUCACUAUAGUGUCAGGAAUACAAACAUGUAUUCCUGACACUAUAGUGUUAAAACCACCAUCUAGCCCCCAUGGACCCCUCAUGCCUCCAUAAAUAUAGCAAAAUCUUACUGUAUUCAAGCCAGAAGCUGUAACUCUGCGUGCUGUUUGCCUCAAAAAAACAAGCAGUCUGCUGACAUCUUCAAAAGUGGUAGCCUGAUCCAAUCACAAUGCUUUCCCAUAGAAUUGGCUGAGACUGAAAAAGAGGUAGAUCAUGAUUCAAACACAGCCCUGGUCAAUCAGCAUCUCCUCAUAGAGAUGAAUUAAAUCAAUGAAUCUCUAUGAGGAAAGUUCAGUGUCUGCAUGCAGAGGGAGGAGAUACUGAAUGUUUGGAUGCAUUUUAGGCAGCCAUGACCCAGGAAGGAUCUCUAACAGCCAUCUGAGGAGUGGCCAGUGAAGGUAUCACUAGGCUGUAAUGUAAACACUGCAUUUCUCUGAAAAGACAGUGUUUACAGCAAAAAGCCUGAAGGUAAUGAUUCUACUCACCAGAACAAAUUCAAUAAGCUGUAGUUGUUCUGGUGACUAAAGUGUCCCUUUAAGAUGCAUUUAACACUAGUAGUUUAAUAAUCAGUUAGCAAUGCCUCAGUAAAUGUAAUUACUGUGAAAAUAUAGUCACAAAUGAUCUGUGAUUAAAAAUACAUGGUUAUGUGUUCUUAACACUAAUUAUCACGUAGCACACUAUAUUGUGCAGGUGAUAUUAGUUGUGCCCAUUUUUAUUGAGAGCAGUUAUAUACACACAGUCUUUGAAGCAGGGCCGGACUGGGAAUUCAAAGCAGCCCUGGAAAAAAAUGUAUGCCAGCCCCAUAAGUCCUUGUGCCACGUAAUGUGUAUGUGUAUAUAUAUACGUGUACUACACACAUACAUACAUAUAUAUAUAUAUACACAGUUCCUGCUUUAAUAUAAUCACUGUUUUAAUACCGAGUGUUAGACUAUGUGAUCACAAGUCCAUACAAACAAAUCCAAAAGGUAGUCUGCACUCGGGGACUUCUUUUAAAACUGAGCAUUUAUUUAUACAUAUAAAAAAAUAACACUUACAUAAAGUGUUAGAAGUGCAUAGAUGGCCAACGUUUCAGUCCCAGUCUGGGACUUUCCUCAGUACAACAAAAGUCUUAAAAAAGAAAUAUAAAAAUAAUAAUUAUAUAUAAAUAAAAUUUAUUAUUGCUAUGUUCAAAUGCAGGCACAGAAAGUCUCACUGACACAAACACUCAGUACAGCCAAGCUCCUUGACACACACACACACAUACAAACAUACUACAGACAAGUCCACUGACACACACACCCAGUACUGCAAAGCUCCCUGACACACACACACGCACACACAAACAUACAACAGACAAGUCCACUGGCACACACACUCACAUGCUCACUACAAACAAGCUCAGUGACACACACACACUCAUAAGCUCACUAACAUACAAGAUCAUUAAAACACAAAUGCUCACUACACACAAGCUCACUGACACACACAAGCUCACUGACACACACAUAUUUACACAAACAAACACACACUCACUACACACACUCACUACAGACACAGCAUUUAAACCCUACCUGGCACUGGAGGCUCUGGGAAAUUAAGUUUUCUCUGGGAUGCCAUUUUCAGGCCUCUUCCUGUAGCAAGGUCCGCUGCUUGAGUGCGAGAGGCCGAGCUUACGGGGGCGGUGCUUCCGUACAGGGGUGGAGCUUACAUGUGAGGCAGAGCUUACAUGCUGAGGAAGAUGCUGGGAAUUAGGAAGGGAGACUCAGUGCUCCCUCUGGCCGUCAGCAGCCUUAAUGCGGCAGCACCAGCCCCCAGCACCUGCCUCCUUAAUUUCCUCGGAAGGUCAGACGUUGUGACAGUCCAAGGGAAAAAUUAUUAAAAUAAAACAUUAGUGCUACCUGCCAACCCCAGGUGCCGCAGCCCACCGAGAAAAUUCCGGUUUCCCAGUGGGCCAGUCUGGCCUUGCUCUGAAGAUACAGUUAUGUACGCUAUGUGUGAUAAUGUAAAAUUCAGUAAUAGGAAAUAAAAGGGGAAAUGUGCUACUUCAGAUAUAAAUGCUGAAUCAUUGUCAAAUAUGAAUAUUGUGCACAAAACAUCCCAAUAACAAACAUGCCAUCCAGUUUUCAUUAUUUGUGCUCCUCCGGUCAAAAAAGGAAGAAAAAAAAAGGAAUGUAAAUGUGCUCAGUAAAUAGCAAUUUUGAGCUGUUUUGGGUUACAAAUCUGGAAUUCCUUCAACACCCAGUUUUCUGUAAAAACUCACAGUUUCGUUAAAAAUAUAUAUUUUUUUAACCAAAAGGUUUUACUAUAGUCAGAACCCACCUUUUAGACCCAUGGAUUUGUUUGUAAGAUUUCUAUGUUAAUUUGAAGAGCUGGUUUUAACACAUUUUAUGCAAUCAAAUGCAUGAAAAUCGCGUGAUGCCCUCUUUGAUUCAUAAUUAGAUUAAUUAAUAACCUCUUUUUGGGGGGGAAGUGGAUUGACCAGCUGAAGAUCACCAUAAGAUUUAUGGAAAUUCUUCUUCCUGCUCAUCCUGCAGUAACUAUUUAACCAAGUGACUGUUUGAUGGCAGACAUUUUGAAUUGGAGGACAGGUUUGGAAUGUUGAGAUAAUGUCUUCUUCUAUCCUCAGUCUAGAGUCGUGGAUCGCUCAAAGAAGCAGGAGGUGAGCGAAGCCAACAUGUAUUUCAUUAUUGAAGCAACGAUAGCACUCUUUGUCUCCUUCCUCAUUAACCUCUUCGUUAUGGCUGUGUUUGCAGAGGCAUUUUACAACAAAACCAAUCACGACGCAGUAAGUAACCGUGACUGUCUGGGACAUUGUAAUAAUUCUUAUUCCUACGUAGAUGCACCAUAUAAAUAGUACUUUAUACAUAAACAUGCCAUGGAGAGUGUCAGCUCAUUGGCCAAGGAAUUAUCACUGUGUAUAUUAAAGAGGAUCUAUCUUGAAAAUUAACAUUUGGUAUGUUGUAGUUUAUAUAUAUAUAUAAAAAAAGCAAAUAUAAAUAUAAAUAUAUAAUGCAUUUUACAAGAGUAGUGAUUUACUAGUUGUGAGUUUUUUGUAAAUAUCAUAAAUGGGUGGAUCUAUAUAUAUAUAUAAAUAUAUAUAUAUAUAUACACACUUUCAGCUCCUGUGCGGAGGAUCAAUCAGUUUUUCUCUUACAAUAAUUCAGGAGAUUUCUCGUAGACACUUUAAAGCUCAGUGAGAUGGCACCGGUUUGGAAUAUGAGUUGUGUAACAUGAUUUAGAAAGGUCUUCAAAUUCCGAAAAUUUACAUAUUUAUUCUAAAAUAAUUAUUACAGGAACAUUUUUGUUGCUAUUACUAAUAGCACCAAUCAUAAACACAUUGUGAAUUAUUUUUAAUAAUUUAUAUAAUUUUAUAUUUUAAAAAAAAAACAUUAAUAUAAAAUUUUGAGUUCACUGUGUCAUCAUUUUAUAUUUAUACACUAAACGAUUAUGGCUAUUUACUGAACUGGGAAACGGGCCAGCUGGGAACAAAAAAAUCAAAACAAAUUCUUCAACUCAGCCAAUGUUAAAGGACCACUAUAGUGCCAGGAAAACAUACUCGUUUUCCUGGCACUAUAGUGCCCUGAGGGUGCCCGGGCUCUGGGGAGAGGGAUGGGUUAAACUUACCUCUUUCUCCAGCGCCGGGCGGGAAGCUUUCCUCCUCCUCUCCUCCUCCAUAGCGACGUCAUCGGCUGAAUGCGCAUGCGCGGCAGGAGCCGCGCACGCAUUCAGCCAGUUCAUAGGAAAGCAUUUACAAUGCUUUCCUAUGGACGCUGGCGUCUUCUCACUGUGAUUUUCACAGUGAGAAGCACGCAAGCGCCUCUAGCGGCUGUCAAGAGACAGCCACUAGAGGCUGGAUUAACCAUAUUAUAAACAUAGCAGUUUCUCUGAAACUGCUAUGUUUAUAAAAAUUAAAAAAAAGGGUUAAUCCUAGAGGGACCUGGCACCCAGACCACUUCAUUAAGCUGAAGUGGUCUGGGUGCCUAUAGUGGUCCUUUAAAGCUCUGCUGUUCCACUCUAAAAAUGCAUUUAAUCCCAAAUUCCUAGUUUAGUUUAUUACAAAAUAGUUAUUUACUAAACUGUGAACUGUCAGGAAUUAUUUUCAAGGUAGAUUUGAAAUUUUAACAUUAGAGGGACACUUUAGUCACCAGAACAACUACAGCUUCUUGAAUUUGUUCCGGUGAGUAGAAUCAUCACCUUCAGGCCUUUUGCUGUAAACACUGUCUUUUCAGAGAAAAUGCAGUGUUUACAUUACAGCCUAGUGAUAACUUCACUGGCCACUCCUCAGAUAGCUGUUAGAGAUACUUCUUGGGGCAGUGCUGCACAGUGUGACUGCCAUUCAGUGUCUCCACCCUAUGCAUGUGGACACUGAACUUUCCUCAGAUAUACAUUAAUUUAGUGGAUCUCGAUGAGGAGACGCUGAUUGGCCAGGGCUGUGUUUGACUUAUGCUGGCUCUGCCUCCUUUACAAUCUCAACCAAUCCUAUGGGGGAGCAUUGUGAUUGGCUCAGAGAAUCACUUCUGAUGAUGUCAGACAAUCAGGCAGAUCAGGGGCAGCAGCAGCAGCUGCAGACUAAAAUACAAGUAAGAUUUUACAAUUUUUAGGGAGGGAGGGGGCAAGGGUGGGGGCCAGGGUGGGCUGAAAUGGUUGUUUUUACACUAUAGGUUCAGGAAUACCUGUUUGUUUUUAUGACCCUAUCAUGUUCCUUUAAGGUUAUGUUUUGUAUAUUUUGUGUGUGUAUGUUGUUUAUUUGUUCUGUGUCGUCAUCCUGCUGUAUUGCACAGCUACACAAUUUUACAGUCAUUCUAAAAAUUCAUCAGAAAUUAAAUUUUAUUCUUUUCUGUAAAAUAAAUUCUACCUAAGUAGAUAAAAAAUGGCUUGCCUUGGGUCAUAUGUAUAGAAUUCUUCAGUAUGUCGCAUGAAAAUAUAAUGCAAUCAGAUAUAAAAACCAGAUGUCUUAUCCUUGUUCCAAACUUCACACCAGUGUCACGAAUUCACUGAUGUGAAAUGACCAACCGCCAAUGCCAUUACUGGAUAUUCUGGGUGUUGGGUGGAGGCACUCUGUCUCCAAAGUUUUUGCAAUGACUAUGCCAAUAUAUGAAGUGCAUCUAAGCAAUAUCCCCAUAUCACAAAAUGUAUGCAAUAUUCUAUAUUUUCAUAGCUUUCAAACGUUUAAUUCAAUAAAUAAGCGUAAAAAAAUGUCUUGCUCGUUUCACCUUAAUGGAAAUUUAAUCUCAGACUCCAUUCUGCUGAGUUGCACGCAUGCUCACUGAGGAUACAUUUACCCAUCACAUACUCACCAACUCACACACUCACCGACUCACACACUCACUGUCUGACACUCAGUAUCUCACAAACCCGUCCCUCACUGGCUCACACUCUUACCUCCUCACAGUGUAACAUAUCCUUUUUUUGUGUUUCAGCACGAAGUUUGCCUAAACAGCAGCAGCCCGCACACUGGAGUAUUUCCUGAUAACAACGAAACGUUAUCUGUCGACAUCUACAAUGGGGUUUGUAUGCAACCAUGACUUAAAGAAACACUCCAC